GGCGUCAUCUAAUUCGAUUCAUCUGUCAACAUGACCGGUCGUGGAAAGGGAGGAAAGGGAUUGGGAAAAGGAGGAGCAAAGCGCCAUCGUAAAGUUCUUCGUGAUAACAUCCAAGGUAUCACAAAGCCGGCUAUUCGUCGUCUGGCUCGUCGUGGUGGUGUCAAACGUAUAUCUGGAUUGAUCUACGAAGAGACUCGUGGUGUGCUCAAAGUUUUCCUUGAAAACGUGAUCCGUGACGCUGUCACUUACACCGAACACGCCAAGAGGAAGACCGUUACUGCUAUGGACGUUGUCUACGCUCUGAAACGUCAAGGUCGCACUCUCUACGGAUUUGGCGGAUAAAUUUUCAAAUAUACCUCAAACGGCCCUUUUCAGGGCCAACAAAA